AUGGUCAACGCUCCCUGGCUAGGGGGCCUCGCGGCCCGAGCCGCGCUCUUCGCUAGCGCAAGGCUCGAGACGAGGGCGGAAACAAGAGCCACCUACUCCCAGAGGACCAGUGACGCUGCUGGGGCCGUCCAGGCCUGGUACAAGCAGGGGACAGGCCAGUGGGAGACGGGGUGGUGGAACUCGGCCAACGUCCUCACAACGCUGGCCGACUUCGUCAUGAUCGACUCGGCGAGCGCUGCCAAGCACAACCUGGCCGCAUUAGCAAGCAACACCUUCACGCAGGCGCAAAAGCCCAUUGCCGCAGCGGCGCCCGCUGUAGCGAACAACGCUGUAACGAACAGCGCCAUAUCGACCCACGAGAUCGCCGUCGCAGAGAGCAGCGAGAUCGGCAGCAUGAUCAUGUCCAAGUACGAGGCGCUGGAGGCGUCGACGCCCGGGCGAGCGCGGCUCGGGGGCAAGAAGCUGAUGGGCCGCCAAAGCCAAGGCAACGCCGGGUUCCUCAACCACUUUUACGACGAUGAGGGUUGGUGGGCUCUCGCGUGGAUCCGGGCGUUCGACGUGUUCAAGGAUCGGAGGUACCUCGACAUGGCCGAGGACAUCUUCACCGACAUGGAGAAGGGCGUCGACGACGUGUGCGGCGGCGGCAUCUGGUGGAACAAGGACCGCAAGUACAAGAACGCCAUCACCAACCAGCUCUACUUCUCUGUCGCCGCCUCGCUUGCCAAUAGGGACGUCAAGCGGAGGCGACCGGUGGCGUACCGCGACAUCGCCGUCAAGCAGUGGGCCUGGCUGCAGGGGAGCGGCAUGCAGAACGCCGACGGGCUCUUCAACGACGGGCUCAACAUCAACACCGACGGCACGUGCACCAACAACAAGCAGCAGACGUGGACGUACAACCAGGGCGUCGUGCUCGGCGGCCUCGUCGAGCUGCACGCCCUGACGGGCCAGAAGGACAUGCUGGACAAGGCCUUCCGCAUCGCCGAGGCGACCGUGUCCAAGAUGGUCAACGGCGACGGCAUCCUCAAGGAGAGCUGCGAGCCCAACGGCUGCGGCCAGGACGGCGCCCAGUUCAAGGGCAUCUUCGUCCGCAACCUGCGCACCCUCUGGCUGGCCUCGCCCAGCAGGCCGCCCCUGCGCGACUUCAUGCUCAAGCAGGCCGACUCCAUCUGGAGCCGCGACCGCGUCGAGGCCAGCAACCGCCUCGGCCUCGUGUGGCACGGCCCCGCCAACGUGCCCAAAGACCCCGUGGCCGACACGCACUCGUCGGCCAUGGACGCCUUGGUCGCCGCCAUCGCGGUGGUCUAA